AGGAAACGUCGUUCCGCGGCUGUCAACGUCACUCUGACCGCGUUUGAUUCGACGGGCAAGCGUUCAUUUUCCUUCAUUUAUAUAAUCCGAUAUUUUAUCAACCCAAUUAUUACGCGUGCAGCUCAGAAAAAAAGUAAAUUGUCAGUUUUGGGGAUACGUGUGUUAAGAGUGUCACCUUGAAAUCGACCGGACCUCAAUGAUUGAAUAUCACUAGGGCUAAAGCAAACCUGCUGACGACUUGUUUGCGUAAACCUAUUGUCGCAGAAUUAUUGUAACCAUCUGUUAGCACAGCAAGUCUGUGUUUUAGCCUUUUUACAUAUGUGUCGACAUUUUUUGACAACUGUAUUGGUUUUUUCCGUCGAGUUUUAAAAUGGGAGUAGUACUGAGGAAUCUCCAGAAGGUGGUACCUCUUCGCCGCGCGAGGCUGCGCAGGGACGUUGACAUGUUGAGACACAUACUGGGCAUCCAGAAAUUUGAUUUGGGCAUAAUUUGUGUGGACAACCACAGGAUUCAGGAAAUUAACCAUAUUUACAGAAAGAAAAAUGUGCCUACAGAUGUGCUCUCAUUUCCAUUCUACGAGGACUUGAGACCUGGUAAGCUGCCUUGCCCCCUUCACAGAGAUGAGCUGAACCUUGGGGACAUUUUCCUCGGGGUUGAGUUUGUGAUGAAGCAGUCUCAGGAGGAAUCUAUGGAUCUUCAUGGUGCUCUGACAGUUGUCACAGCACAUGGCAUCUGUCAUCUGUUGGGCUACAGACAUGAGACAGAGGAGGAAUGGGCCGAGAUGCUGCAGAGAGAAAACUACAUUCUGAGUGAGUACAGCAGACUCACAGGUCGACAUCUGGAGCCGCUGAUGAAGAGAUGCAGUCAAGAUAGGUGACAGAGACUGCUGCCCGCAGACUUUACAGUUAAAUGUUGCACCAAUUCUCCUGCACCGUCCCAGCAGACCACUUUGUUCACUGCUGAGGUUCACAAUCACAUCUAAACACCCCAGAUUACUCAUCACCAUCAACAUCUGCUGCAGGUGCUUGAGGACUUUUAAGGAAUUCACCAGCAGACACAGCAGUUGGAUUUCCUCUUGUAACACUGGCUGUUUGUGAAAAAUGAAGAAAAGUCUGUAAUUUAAUUGUAAUUUUUUUUAUUAAAAUCUGCUUUAGGAAGA